UCAAUACAUGAGCUUUCCUUUUUACUGAUAAAAUCAGACAAAAUGAGAUUGCAAUGGAAAAUACGAUUCAUGAUGUACUAUGUCUUACUUUUCAUCUAUGGUGCAAAGUCUUACUACCUGUCCUGGAACAAAACUGCAUCAUCAAAGUCUGUCUAUUCCGCAACCGGUAUAUUUCACAUGCCAGAAUGUGCUAUUGAUGGAGAUGAUUAUACAAUUCUUAUUCAUCCAAUUUCAGGUGGAUCAUCAUGCUUUCAUUCAGGAGGUGGUUCCCAGGAAUGGUUGAAGAUCGAUCUUCAAAAAUCAUACCGGAUUACCCGAGUUACAGUAAUAAAUCGGGUUGAACCAGGAUCGACUGUCCAUAAGCGAUUAGAAGGUGCCGAAAUCAGAAUCAGUUCAACUUCAUCUUUGGGAAUCGCAGACGACGAUUCCAAAAAGUGUGGAGAACCUGUAACUAUGGCCAGCACAAUUCUCAGCCCAAUUAUUGACAGAACCUGCCAACCACCAAUCACUGGUCGCUACGUCAUCUUAUGGCAACCUACGAAGACUGAAUUUUUAAAUAUUUGUGAGGUCAGAAUAUACGAUGAACACAAGACCGGGGCCAGUCCGAUUACGAAUAAACUGAACCCAGUAGGCGUUUGGCAGCUAAGCUGGUCAUGUAUGUUGUAUGAGACCAAGAUGAUCACCACGGUUGGAAACGGAGAUUGUAAGGAUGAGGUUUCAAAAACUGUCCUUCUGGACACUUUUGAAAAUAGUUUCAACGACAAUGAAAUGGAUGCUUUCACGGUAGCAUUCUAUAUCUACCCGAAUAUCAAUACAGAGGGCAACAUCUUAAAGAUUUGGGAAGCUCAAGACUGUCUGCGAAUAGAGCAAACAUAUUCCAACGGUCUUCUUUAUAAAUCUGAAGUGACUGUCUUUUAUGGUGGCCAACAGGUAACGCGGGCCCAUGUCCUUUUGCCUGAUACUUGGACAUUCCUCGCUCUGACAUUCGACGGCAAUGAACUAUUAACCAAACUGUGGAGAAACGGAGAGAUAGCAAGCAUCGGCAAUAUCCCAGACCAAAACUUCGGGUUUCAAAUUUCUCAUACGGAAAUUGAACUUGGCAGUAGUGGUCAACUCAACACACUGCUUGCAGCGCUUCAGUUGUACGACCGUGUAUUGGAUGAAGCAGAGAUAAAGGCUGCCAGAGACCGGCCACUUACAAACUGGAUAUUUGAUAAGAAGGGUGCGUUGUUCGAAAAGUUGGUUCCAACGAGAAGUCUUGCUGGUCAGCGUCUGUACCAAGGAGUCGUCGGAUCAGGUGUCAAAUGUUCUCAAAUGUGUUUGGAAACUCGAUGUUGCGAUGCCUUCAGCUUCAAUACGAAAGAUCACGUGUGCACCUUGUUCUCACACCACGUAACCAUGGAAGAAUCUUUCAAGUUUAUUUAUAGCUAUCGAAUGAUUCUUUGGAACAUUAAAAGCUUUAUCGGUUGCUCUAAUUAAGUCAGUGGCAUUUCCAAAAUUCAAAACACGAUAUCGUGAUAGUUAUCGCAAAAAGUUAAAGAUGUAUUCCCCCGCCCCACCCUCAUAAAUUACAAAAGUACCCUUAAAAAAUCAAUUUAAAACUGCUAAUUUUUGAAAAGGCCUAAAAUAAUAGUAAUAAAUUUAAGCAUAGAAGUGAAAUGCAUUAGCUUAACAUUAUGGUUGUAACUAUUUCCACAAAUACCAACUCAAUCGAUUAAUCGAUCAACCAACCAAUAAUUGAAUCAAUCUACCAAUAAAUAAACAUAACGAAACAUUACAUUUUGCCUAUUUAUUUUAUAAACGAGUAAAUAUUUUUUGAUAAAUAAUCAGGUAUGCGAUGGUUAUCGUUGCUUCACUGAAUAACAAGAAAUUUAAAAAAAAG